AUGGAUAAUGUUGAGUUAGACAUGGAUGUAGCAUCUCUCCCAAAACAAAAAUGGGUGGGAGAUGAGCAUCUCGUCCAAUUUGGAGGCUUUUGGUUUGUCCCUCAACACAUGAAGCUAAUCAAAAGAGUGAUAAACCAUUUCACUCCACUCCCCACCGAUGUGAUCCUAGCUACUUCUCCCAAAACAGGCACCACUUGGCUCAAAUCUCUUCUCUACUCUAUCCUCAAUCGAUCCUUCAAACAUAAGUUGGCCGUUCAACACCCCCACCAACUUGUUCCCUUCUUGGAAGGACCACCGGAUUCCGAUGAGUUGUCGUUUCCGACAGCUUCAUUGGACACGUGUCGAUUAUUCAGCACGCACAUCUCAUACCAGCUCCUCGCCAAAACCCUAGAUUCGUGCGAGUGUAGGGUUGUCUACUUGACACGAAACCCUAAGGACACCCUCGUUUCUCUGUGGCACUUUAUGAAGAAGAGGAGGGCAAAUCAACCAUGGACGAUCGAUGAGGCUGCGGACGCGUUCUGCCGCGGCGUCACGCCAUAUGGGCCCUACUAUGAUCAUGUGAUUGGGUAUAGAGCGCUGAGCCUGAAGAGGCCGGAGAAUGUUAUGUUCGUGAAUUACGAGGAGAUGAAGGAAGAUCCACAUGGUCAUGUUAAGAAAUUAGGUGAUUUCUUGGGAUGUCCAUUUCAAGAAGAAGAUGAGGUGAAAGAGAUUGUGAAGAAUUGUAGCUUUGAGGUACAAAGUAGUUAUGAAGUUAACAAAUCCGAGCAAUCUCUGAUAAAGAAUUUAUUUCCAUACAAUUCAUUCUUCAGAAAAGGAAAAACGGGAGAUCAUGUAAACUAUCUUAGUAAUGAGCUCAUUCAACGCAUCGACACCCUUACCAAACAGAGAUUUCAUUCCUUAGACUUCAUGUACGGGAUUUAA